GUAUGAUCAUGUAGUGACGCUUUAGCCACGCACAGGGCAUUGGGGUUAUAAGCUGCCACUAAAUAUUUAGUGUGCACACCUUUCUGCCUUUCCCCAUCUAGUCUAUUUAGUCUCGCAUACGCGCGCUUAAGCGGUUUGUGAGUAUUUAUUUAAUUUAAUCUUAUUUAUACACACACAAUGGCUACGAUCCGGGCAUUGCGGAAACUCUGCCGGCAUUUCCACCAUCAAACAUGUAGUUUUCAUUUGUCAUCUUCAAGACAAGAUGCUGUGGUGAUCUCCGGUCGGAAACUGGCCCGGCAGAUACGCAAUGAAGCACGUGAUGAUGUGGAGGAGUGGGUUUCUGCUGGAAAUCGACGGCCUCACCUGAGCGUGGUUUUAGUGGGCGACAAUCCAGCCAGUCACUCUUACGUCCUCAAUAAGACCCGCGCAGCAGCUGAAGUGGGUAUCAGCAGCGAGACCAUCUUGAAACCUUCUAAUAUCAGCGAAGAGGAGCUGCUUGAUCUCAUUGUGAAACUAAACUCAGAUCACAGAGUAGACGGGCUGUUGGUUCAGCUACCACUUCCUGAUCACAUCGAUGAACGGCGUGUAUGUAAUGCCGUGUGCCCAGGGAAAGAUGUCGAUGGUUUCCAUGUGGUCAAUGUGGGUCGCAUGUGCCUGGAUCAGUCAACUAUGUUACCUGCCACACCAUGGGGAGUUUGGGAGAUCAUCAAACGCACAGGCAUAGAGACGCUGGGUAAGAAUGUGUUGGUGGCCGGUCGCUCUAAGAACGUGGGGAUGCCCAUCGCAAUGCUGCUACACACCGACGGACGGCACGAAAGGCCCGGAGGUGAUGCCACAGUGACAAUCUCCCACAGAUACACUCCCAAAGAACAGCUCCGACAGCACACUAAAAUUGCAGAUAUCAUCGUCGCCGCUGCAGGUAUUCCUAACCUCAUCACCGCUGAUAUGAUUAAGGAGGGUGCAGCAGUUAUAGAUGUUGGGAUCAACAGAAUAUUGGACCCCAUGACUGGGAAAAACAGACUUGUUGGUGACGUGGACUUUGAAGGCGUCAGAAAGAAGGCCAGCUUCAUUACUCCAGUUCCCAGCGGCGUUGGCCCCAUGACUGUAGCCAUGCUGAUGAAAAACACAAUCAUAGCCGCAAAAAAUAUGAUUUUAACUCCACCUCAGAGAGUCCGAAUGGCAGCGUCUUCAUAACAUCAGCGUCCUUUUCAUUUCACUCCACAUUCCACACUCCUCUGCUUCAUUUUGAGGAUCUCCAAGUGGAAAAACGACAUCUUUUAAUGCUAUUUGACUUGCGUCCCAUCAUGACCUAAUGAUAAAUAUUACAAGGCUUGAGGAAAUUAAUGCAGUACAGUUGAAUGGAAAAUUGUUCGCCCUCCUGUGAGAUUUUAAUCCUUUUUCGAACAUCUUCCAUUUAACAGAGCAAGGAAAUUUUGACAGUAUUUCCUAUAAUAUUUUUUCUUCUGGAGAAAGUCUUUGUUUUAUUUCGGCUAGUUUUUUAACGCCAUUUUAAGGUCAAUAUUAUUAGCCCCGUUAAGAAAUAUUUUUAGAUUGGCUCCAGAACAAACCACUGUUAUACAAUGACUUUCCUAAUUAACUUGCAUAAUUAAGCUGAAUACUAUUAUAUUGCAAAAUAACUAUGCACUGUCAUCAUGGCCAAUUAGUUAUUACAAUUAUUAUGUGUUAAAAUUUCACAGGAGCGCUAAUAAUUUUGACGUCAGCUAUACAUUAUUUAGUCAAUAUUUUCAGUUACAUUGCCAAGCAUUAAACAGGUUUGUUUUUGUUUUUACACUGUUACAGCUUUGCUUUUUAUUUCUCUUAAGCUUUUUACAAGUUUAAAUAUUGAAAUAGCAUUAUUUACAGAUGUUUUGGUGCAUAUUUAUUAAGAAACACAGUUUUUUUUAGACGGUGUUGAUGCAGCUUUAGGUUCCCGCAGCACUGAUUGUUCAUCCCCACUGAUAUGAAUGUGUGGAUUGAGUCACACAGUCAAUAGUGUUGAGUCGGCACGCCAGAUUACUGACCAAAUGACCUUUGCAACAACCGUUUAUUUGCCUAGGGAAUAUUUCUGACCCAUCACUUCUUUUAUUUUAUUUAUUCCACCCUUAUCUGGGCUUUGAAGGGUGCAAAGAGUGAUGAUGAUAAUGGAGCAGUGCUUAGGAAAGAUUUGAACUAUAUAUUUUGAUGAAGUUAGUUUGUUUUGUUUUUUUUGCUGCAUGUUCCAGUGACAUGCGACAAGUCUUAUUUGUUUUGCAUACUAACAUGUAAUGCCUUUAAAACAUUGCAAUAAAUGUUUCAGAUGUUUUAUUUGAUGCAA